AUGAAGCCCUCGAAGAAGAAAUCGAAGAAGAAGAAGCCCACGCCGGCGGCUGUGCCGACCCCUCCGGUGGCGGAGGAGGAGGGUUCAUCGUGCUCGCCGCAGUCGGAUACCCUAACCCUAGCCGCGGCGGCGGCGGCGGCGUCGGAGACGGAGUCGAGUAGCAGCUGCGAGGCGUCGGCGUUCAACCUCGGCUCGUCGGGGGGCGCCUCGACUUCCUCCUUCUCCGCCUUCUCGUCGUCCGCCUCCACGGCGUCGUCGUCGGCCACCGGCGACGAGCGGCGGGACAUGGCGUGGCUGCUGGACGCCUUCGGCGGCGCCACGAUCGACCAGGUGGACUCCGCCUACCGGGAGGCCGGCGGCGACGCCUUCCUCGCGGCCGGCAUCCUUGGCUCCUCACCGGAAGCGCAGCCCCCUCCGCCCCCUCGGCCACCGGAUCUCUCGCCGCGCGCCGGAUCUGGUAGCAAGAAGACCAAUAGAAGGCCAAAGAGGGUAGCCGUGGCUGCAACUGGCAUGGUUGCCGACGUGAUCGGCAAGGGAUACACGCGACCUGCCACUUCGCCUGUAAGCAAAACCAAUGCGUGCAAGGGCAAUGCUUGGAAAGAAGGACUUGACGAUCGCAAGUAUAGUGUCGAAGAGGUCGAACAGUUCCUGUGCUCUAUGCUUGGGGAUAAUUCGGAGCUUGGCAUGGGUGUGGUCAGAGACGUGCUCGGUCAAUAUGGAUGCGAUGUUGAGAAGGCGCUGGAUGCAUUACUUGAUAUAUCAGGCAUCUCUUCCCUUCAAAUCAAGGAAAGGUGUUCCCCAAAUGGUCAAAUAAAUGGCAUAAGCUCUCCAAACAUCUUCAUAUCAUGUGGAUUAUCUGAGGAAGAGUCUAUUGCAGGCAUUGAAAGGAGUUCAUACCAGUUUGCAGAUGAAAUACCAACCAUGGCAUACAAUCCUUCUGAAAAUGAAGAAGAAUACUUUUGGGGCGGACUUCAGCGCAGCUACUUGAAGGUUGCAUGUGAGGAUCCCCCCUCUACACUAUCAUCUUCAAGAUCAACAAGCUCCGUAUCUAAGACACCACAACAAGUGCUGGAUUCACUGUUCAAAAUACCUGAACAACGCACAUACGAACCAAGUUCUAUGGACUGGAAGAAGGUAGUUAAGAAGCUGCAAUCAUUCAAUUCACCCAUCACAUCAAAUAAUCAAGAAAGACCAAAAAAUGGGGAUGGGUAUCAAGAAUUCCGUACUGUCGCUGCAAGGCAUUAUGAUACAAUGAAAACAUAUUAUCAGAAAGCUGCCAUGGCAUAUUCCAAAGGAGAAAAAUCUUAUGCCUCUUAUCUUGCAGAGGAGGGGAAGCAUUACCGUGAAUUAGCUCGCAAGGAAGACGAGAGAGCUAGCAGGGAGAUAUUUGAAGCCAGAAAUAAGCAUAUAACGAACACAGUAACUAUUGACCUGCAUGGGCAACAUGUUAAACAAGCCAUGAGACUUCUCAAGGUUCACAUGAUGAUUUGCGUAUGCAUGCCAUCAACCUUUCUUAGAGUAAUUACUGGUUGUGGUGUAGAAGGCACAGGAAAGGGAAAAAUAAAGCGAGCGGUUACCGAGCUUGUGGAGAGAGAACGCAUUGAAUGGCAUGAAGAAAAUGCUGGGACCAUAGUGCUAAAGCUUGGUGGCCCAAGGGAGUAUCGUUUUCUUGAGCAUGACAGUGAUUCUGAUUGAAUCUUGGGUGUCUGUUUUGAGGAGACUGACAUAGAUUAAUGGUUAUUUAAUCUAUGUAUCGCCUUAAUCUAUCUGUAUUUGCCUGUGUUGUAAUUAUGGAUAGGUGACCUAGUUCCUGAUGUAGGAUGUAGUUUCUGACAUACAGGCUCAGCAAUAGCAACUAGAGAACAGGCGCCGUCUGAUGUAAUGAUCAUUGUAGGCCGCUGAUGUAAUGAUCAUUGUAGGCUGCUAACCUUGUACUAAUGUACUCAGCUAUGUAUACCUGUCUAAUUGUGUUGAUGUGAUGAUCAAGGCAUAAGGCAACUUAUGCUUGAACUUCAACAUUGCAACUGUCACUCAAACGGUCUUGUCAAUAGAUCAAAAACAAAAAUUAAACAUUAUGGA